GGCAGAAGGGAAGGCCUGCAGAGAAUCACACACAGCUGGAGGGAGAACACAGAGGAAUAAAUUGCUGACAGACAAGCAGGGAUGGACCUGUUUUCAGCUCUGUCACUAGAAACCUGGGUCCUCCUGGCAAUCAUCCUGGUGCUCCUCUACCGAUAUGGGACCCGUACACAUAAACAUUUUAAGAAACAAGGAAUUCCUGGGCCCAAACCUCUGCCUUUUUUAGGCACUCUGCUGAAUUACUACAAGGGUUUAUGGAAAUUUGACAUGGAGUGCUGUAGAAAGUAUGGAAAAAGAUGGGGGUUGUUUGAUGGUCAAAUGCCUCUGCUUGCCAUCACAGACCCAGAGACAAUUAAGAAUGUGCUGGUGAAGGAAUGCUUUUCUGUCUUCACAAACCGGCGGGAUUUUGGCCCAGUGGGGAUUAUGAGCAAAGCUGUCUCUAUAUCUAAGGAUGAGGAAUGGAAGAGAUAUCGAGCCUUGUUGUCCCCCACGUUCACCAGUGGAAAACUCAAGGAGAUGUUCCCUGUCAUUGAACAGUAUGGAGACAUUUUGGUAAAGUACUUGAGGCAACAGGCAGAGAAAGGCAAGCCUGUUUCUGUGAGAGAAGUGUUAGGUGCCUACAGCAUGGAUGUGAUCACCAGCACGUCAUUUGGAGUGAAUGUCGAUUCCCUCAGCAACCCAAAGGAUCCUUUUGUGGAGAAAGCCAGGAAGCUCUUAAGAUUGGAUUUUUUUGAUCCAUUGCUCUUGUCAGUAGUACUCUUUCCAUUUCUCAUCCAAAUAUAUGAAAUGUUAAAUAUCUCCGUGUUCCCUAAGGAUUCAAUAGCAUUUUUCAAAAAAUUUGUGGACAGAAUGAAAGAAAACCGCCUGGAUUCUAAGCAGAAGCACCGAGUGGAUUUUCUCCAUCUGAUGAUGAAUGCUCAUAAUAAUUCUAAAGACAAAGAGACUCAUAAAGCCCUUUCUGACACGGAGAUCACAGCCCAGUCAAUAAUCUUUAUUUUUGCUGGCUAUGAAACCACCAGCAUCACACUUUCCUUCGUCCUGUAUUCCCUGGCCACUCACCCUGAUAUCCAGAAGAAACUGCAGGAGGAGAUUGACAGGGCUCUGCCCAAUAAGGCACCUCCCACCUAUGAUAUCGUGAUGGAAAUGGAGUACCUGGAUAUGGUGUUGAAUGAAACCCUCAGACUAUACCCAAUUGCUAAUAGACUUGAACGAGUCUGUAAAAAGGAUAUUGAAAUUGAUGGUGUGUUUAUGCCCAAAGGGUCAAUAGUGAUGAUUCCGUCUUAUGCUCUUCACCAUGACCCACAGCACUGGCCAGAGCCUAAGGAAUUCCGCCCUGAAAGGUUCAGCAAAGAGAACAAGGGCAGCAUUGAUCCGUAUAUAUACCUGCCCUUUGGAAAUGGCCCCAGAAACUGCAUUGGCAUGAGGUUUGCUCUCAUGAACAUGAAACUCGCUCUCACUAAAAUUCUGCAGAACUUCUCCUUCCAGCCUUGUAAAGAAACACAGAUACCUAUGGAAUUAAGCAGACUAGGACUUCUUCAACCUGCAAAACCCAUUGUUCUAAAGGUUGUGCCAAGAGAUGCAGUCAUAACUGGAGCAUGACUUUCCCUCAAGGAGUUCUAUUGGAUUCAGAAACGCAGUGUCUAAGAACAUUGAACCCUUUAAUUUAUCUCAUGAAUGAAUUCCAGAUAAAAUGGAGCUUAGUUGGCUGGUCUUGACUCAUGGUUAUAGAUUCAGUACAUCCAUUGAUCUUUUUCAAUGUCUAUACAAAUUACCAUCUAAUAUAUAGGAGAUGACAAGUCAGUGACAGAACAGGGAUUCACCUACUGGUUCACAUAGGACCAUCUCCACCCACAUUUGAUUGUUUCUGUUAAUUUCUUUUGAUAUUAACCAUGUCUCUGUAACUUGAUCAAUAAUUUUUUGAGAAAAAGGUGAACUAUUGU